GAAAAAACCUGCAGUUUCUCAAGGAAAUGGCUGUGGUAAAACAGCACAGCAGCGGGGGAUGCUCUGAAGCGACCUGGGCUGUGAGCGUUGCUAGGCUGUGGCUUUCAGCCUCCAGCACGCUCCGUCAUCUGCCUCGAAAGUCUGGGCAGCGGCGACAGUCCUGUCCACACACACGCACAUCCUGCGAUCUGCUGCAUUGCCUCUCAUCACAGACAGGUAUUGACCUGGCUGGGCUUUUCAUGAUCAUCACUGCUGACCUGAAAACAUCUGAAGGAGAAGUUUAGCUUCUGGAAGUCGUUGAUACUCUUCUGACUGCUGUUUGUAAAAUCGCCUCAGAUUGGGGAUUAUUUUUGCUUUGCAGAAAUUAUCUGCUUGGAGCCCUGCAUAAUUUGUAACAAUCUCUGGGAAAACCUCAGGAAAAAAGAUAUGCUUUUGACUUAGACGGAUGUCAGAGGGUGCGGCAGGACCCAGUGAAAGGGCUCCUCAGGUGGCGGGAGGCUCUGAGAGCGACAGUUUCAGCCGAGGGACAGCUUCUUGGGGACUUUCUUCUCCCCAGGAAGGUGACAGUCUAAAAGAAAAAAAAAAAACAAAACAAAACCACAAGCAACACAGUUGCCAGUGAAAUAAGAGAGGGAGUGCUUCACGCGGAGCUGCUGCUGGACUCUCGGCGCUCACCCGCGGGGCAGGAGCACAAGACCAUGGAGUGACCGUCAGCGUGGGUCUGAGGAGAGACAGGAGAUGGCCCACGAAGUCACCCUGAAUUCCCUCCAGGAGUCAGAGCGCGAGGUGAUUCUCCAGGUCCUGUACCGGGACCGGGUGGUUCAAAACAUCGAGGAGGAAAGGAUACGGAAACUGAAGACGCACCUGCAGCAUCUCAGGUGGAAAGGCUCGAAGGGCGCCAGCCAGGAGUACAAAGAGGAGUCCUGUGCCCGCUGCCAGCGGGGCCUGGGGCUCCUGCUGAACCGGGGGGCUGUGUGCCAGGGCUGCAGCCACCGCGUGUGCUCCGAGUGCCGAGUGUUCCUGAGGAGGACCCGCGCCUGGAAGUGCACCGUGUGCUUUGAGGACAGAAAUGUGAAAAUAAAAACUGGAGAAUGGUUCUUUGAGGAACGAGCCAAGAAAUUUCCAACUGAAGGCAAACAUGAGACAGCUGGAGCAAAGCUCUUGCAAUCUUAUCAGGCAUUGAGCAACAUAUCUGUGGUUCCUCCUACUCCACCUCCUUUCAGUGAAAGCCAGUGCAGUGGCAGCCCCGGCAGGUUACAGGAACUUGGUCAGUUUAAAGGAUUUCAUAAGUCCGUGGAGAAUUUGUUUCUGUCUGUUACCACCCACGUGAAAAAACUCUCCAAGUCCCAGAAUGACGUGACCUCUGACAAGCAACACCCAGCUCUGGGUCCUGGGCCGUGCGCAGGCCCGACGGAGAGACGGAGCCAGUCGGACACUGCGGUCAACGUCACCACCAGGAAGGUCAGCACACCAGAUAUUCUGAAACCUUUCAGUCAAGAGAGUCCCAAACGCUCUACCAGCCCUGUUUUGAAGCAAGAGGGUAUCUCAUCCAGUCCAACGCCCAAGACGCUGUUCUCAGGAGGCUUGAGACACGGAAGUUUAAUUAGCAUUAACAGCACUUGUACAGAGAUGGGCAAUUUUGACAACGCUAAUGUCACUGGAGAAAUAGAAUUUGCCAUUCGUUAUUGCUUCAGAACUCAUUCUUUAGAAAUAUGCAUCAAGGCCUGUAAGAACCUUGCCUAUGGGGAGGAAAAGAAGAAAAAGUGCAAUCCGUACGUCAAGACUUAUCUGCUGCCUGACAGAUCCUCCCAAGGAAAACGCAAGACUGGAGUCCAAAAGAACACAGUGGAGCCGACCUUCCAGGAGACCUUGAAGUACCGGGUGGAGCCCGCCCAGCUGGGGACCCGGCGGCUGCAGGUCUCCGUGUGGCACCUGGGCACGCUCACCCGGAGGGCCUUUCUUGGAGAAGUGAUCAUCCCUCUGGCCACGUGGGACUUUGAAGACAGCAUGACCCAGUCUUUCCGCUGGUAUCCUCUCCGGGCCAAGGCAGAGAAAUACGAAGACAGCGUUCCUCCCAGUAAUGGGGAACUUGCAGUCCGGGCCAAACUGGUCCUCCCGGCAGGGCCCAGAAAGCUCCAGGAGGCUCAAGAAGAGAUGGGAGAUCAGUCAUCACGUAACGGUCAGCUCUGUUUGGUGGUGCUGGGAGCCAAGAAUUUACCUGUGCGGUCAGAUGGGACCUUAAACUCAUUUGUGAAGGGCUGUCUCACUUUGCCAGACCAGCAAAGGCUGAGACUGAAGUCCCCUGUCCUGAAGAAGCAAGCCUGUCCCCAGUGGAAGCACUCCUUCGUUUUUAAAGGCAUAACCCCUUCUCAGCUGAGGCAAUCCAGCCUAGAGUUAACCGUCUGGGACCAGGCCACCUUCGGGGUGAACGACCGUCUGCUGGGAGGAGUCAGGCUUGGUUCCAAGGAGGGUCCAGCUGGCGGCGCCGACUCUUGCUCACCAUCAAAGCUCCAAUGGCAGAAAGUUCUUUCCAGCCCCAACCUGUGGACGGACAUGACCCUCACGCUGCACUGAGGCCAAGGCCCCGGGUGCUGCGGGGUUGGCCCUCUGGAGUGUGAACACUCCGGCCUGCAGCUCCGUCCCGCAGCUGAGACGUUCUCCCAGAUCCCUCUGUGUGUACUUAAGUUAAACAGAACCACUGCCAUGUUACGUUAGGAAGUCUCAGGUAGGUUAUCUGUGCUUUGAGAGACGUGGAAAAUGACCAGCUCUCAAUAAAUGUUCAACAGUUA